AAACUUUUCAACAAAUUCUUUAAAAAACAACAAAAAAAAGUUGAAGAUACUUGGGAUUGUGGUGAUGAAAAAUCAUUUCAAGAAAAUCAAUCAUCAUUGUUGACCAACAAAGAAGAAGAAAUUUCUUUCCUCUGCUUAUUAAUUGAAAAUGAAAACCAAUUUGAAGUUGAA